AAAUCCAGAAAUUAACAUUGAUGAGAUACUGUCAUUUUAUUUUCAGAAACUUUUGAGUUUAUCAGUUGAUGUAGUGGUCUUGUUAGAGCAACAGGAUUCCGUCUGGAACCCUGGGUUAUGUGGGAGUGGUGUAUCUUGCAGUGUUGGUUAAGCCAGGUAACCUGGGUUAUGUGGGAGUGGUGUAUCUUGCAGUGUUGGUUAAGCCAGGUCUUUAGGUUUUCCUUGACUUUCACAACUUGGUCUCUUUUGAGGAUUGCAGGCCUUUUGCAGUAACCUCCCCAUUUGGAUUUUCCUCACAGUUCAAUUUAGACAAAAUCUUGUUAGUAUCUCAGAAGCAGUGCAGUCAGUGUUGUGCUUGCAUCCUGUCAGGUGAGGCACAGGUCUCACACUGUUUAUUACAUGCUGUGCUGACACUCACCAGGCUUCUCCACUGUAGUUCCUGUUUGGGUGGGGUGCGCUGGAACAUGCCGGUCCUCCUAACACCAAAGAGGCCGAGGCAGGAUCAUGAAUGGAAGCUCUGCUGGGCUGUAUAAGAGAAUUUGAGCCUGGCCAGAGCAACACAUCGAGGCACAGCAGCAGCAGCAGCAGCAGCAGCAACAGCAACAGCAGCAACAACAACAACAUCAGACAAACGAACUGAAAUCAUGACAGAACAAUUAUUUCUUUCCCUUUAUAAUUAUUGGAGAGGUAUUUUAUAUUAUGUGUCUAUCCUUGCAUUAUUAAAUUGUAUUUAUAUCUAGAAUAACUUAUGUGGUUUUGUGUGUGUGUGUGUGUGUGUGUGUGUGUAGCUUAGUAGGUUAGAACCCUCACUACAGAUUAGUAGAAUUACCCAAGUGCUUCAGGAAGGAACAAAUUGUCCCCUAUCUUCAGUUUUUCUCUUUGAAAAUGUUUCAAAUUAAAAAAAGUGAAAACAUGAUGAGAGAAGUAGGCAAGGGCCUACAAUAUAUGAAUUGUAUAUGCCACCUUCAGUGGUUGGAAUGUUGUCAUGGGAUCUUCAAUAGCUUAGCCUGACCCAGAUUUAGUCAUUAGGAGCUCCUUUAAAUUGUCCCUUUGACAUUUUCUUGCUUUUUCAUAUAACAAGGUGGCUGAGGCUUGUCCUGUUCCUUCCUUGUCCCUGCCUUGGAACCAGCAAGCUUCUAAGGACUGCUGGCACCUUUUAGGAGAAGGAGUCACUCUGUAAGACAGGGUGAGGUCUCGCUCCGUGGGAGCUCACUGCUUCUCUUUUAGUGGACAGUGCUCCCCUCCAUUAGUCCAUCCGUACUUUGCCCUGUCCAGCCAUCUCCCCAUUUCAUGUAUGUAUUGACACCUGUAUUUCAAAUCUGCAUGUAUUUUGGUAGAUACUUGUUUCUGUCUUUAUUUUAUAGGAAAGAUCAUGAGUUUGCACCAAUAUCCCUAAUUUUAGUCUAAUGCUACAGGGCUUAUUUUAUGUUUCUUUUUUUUUUUUUUUUUCUUGUUUUUCCAUAUUGUAAAUCUCCUUCCCAGUAGUCAGUGAGAAGAAUGGAUCCUUUUAUCUUUCACAUACUUGAGAGAGGCGGGGUGGUAGGUAGGUGAACUCAGGUGAGUGUACGGACUGUUUAGGAGGCAGAAGCUUUGGGUCCCCCAGGAGCUGGAGUCAAAGGCAGUUUUGAGAGCUUGAUGUGGGUGCUGGAAACUGAUCUCAGGCCCUCUGCUUGAGCAGUAGGUGCUUCUCAGUGCUGAGCCAUCUCUUCAGCCCCAUUUAUUUACUUAGGAGAUCUCUCAUCAGUCCUCCACUCCCUCCCUCAUCCAGAUAAUCUGUUGAGGAUGCUGGCUUGCUGCUCUUCUCAUCCCUAGAGCCAUGCUCUUCACCUUGUUCUGUCUGAACACCACACCAGGCUUCUCUUCAUCCCAGGCUUUCUUCUCACCCAAGGAUGCUCUUUGUGUUCCCCAGGCUCUGACACUCCCAGUGCCAGAAGCCCUUUGGUGGCUGUCCUGUGCUUGAGCUAAGCUGUCAGCCUCCACGUGACUUCUUUUGCUUUUCUUUGUUCUGCCAUGCCUACUGGCCUUCGUGUGAAUUGUUCAGGAAGAGGGGAUGGCUAUUUACCUAGUACAUGCCUCUCUUUAGAAUAGGAGUAUGGCUUGAGAAAGGUUUUAUUGAGUGAUUUUGUGGUAUGAACAUCAUAGAGUGUAUUUAUACAAACGUAAGAUGCCUAAGAUGUCACUAGAGGAUAAAGUCGAAUGGCACCACUAUUGUAGAUGUCAGCCAUUAAGCAGGCUUAACUAUAUACGCAUUCAUACACUUUUUUUUUUGAGGUAGAGCUUUAUUAAAAACACUAAUCAGGUUUUGAGCUCAAGUCCUUUUCUUUCUCUCCCAGCUUUUGGAAUCACAGGCCUGGGCUACCACGCCAAGCUCCCCUAGUCACCCCCUGGUCUAAAAGAAAUCCUCUCAAAAAUUUAUAGAGUGUAACAGUCUUUUUGAUAUCUAUCCUGUGACCUUUAACCAUGCCGUCAUGGGACAGUUGAUAUGGCUAAAGUAUAGCGCAGUGUGUGUCGGCCCCACAGACCUUUUGUACCACACUCAGCUGUUAUUUAGCUAAAAAGAAAAUGGUUGCUAAUCAAGGGGUGUCUGGUUAGUCUGAGUUGUUACAUUCUGGCCAGUGUUUUUUAACUUCCCCACUCCUGUGCCAUCAUGCUUGUUAUACUCAAGGCCAGCAGCUGUCUGUCUGUCUGUCUGUCUAAUCUGCUUCAGACUUAUAGCAGGGACUUGUUUCUUCUUUUAUUUACUCUGCUUUUUUCAAAAGUGUUUUUUUCUUUAAAAAAAAAGCAGACAAACUUUUUAAUGGGCAAGUAAGGACGGUUUCUUAAUUGAUGGUUUAUGAUUUCCUUUAAUAGCAGUAGACAGUCUAUAAAUAGGUACUUAGUAGAAUGAGGUAAAGAAAAAGUAAGGAACAGGGUAAAAUGCAAAUAGUCUAAUUUGUCAAUUAGUGCUUUCUUUCAUUAAGUCCAUAUUUAACCUUAUAUUGACUAUAGACAGAACAAACUUUAGAGGUUAGUAUUGAUGAAUUAAACAUAUAAAUAGAGUUUUGUUUUCACUGCAGUCCUACUAAAACUACAAUAAAGAUUUUUUAGCAGUCAUAAAUGUCCUGAAAUGAGAAGAGCAGGAAAGGAGAGUUUAAGCAGUUUCCUUUGUGAAGUGAAUACGUGAGUGACACCAACCUCAGAGCCUGCGGACACUGGGGUCUAAGUUAGCAGAGGGUCUAAGAAAGCCGAGGACCUGCCCAGGUUAAUUGGCAGAAGUUAAUACACUUUGAGUAGUUGUAGAAGUUGGUGUCUUCAGAAUGCUCUGCAAGUUAACAUGUGGGCCCAGCUGAGACAAGAGGCCAGCUAAGGCUGUUCUCAGAUGGGAAGGCUAGAGCUCUCUCUUAAGACAGGCUGCUCAUCCUCAGUCAAUCAGGCUUUGGUGGCUGAGUGACACCAAGCAUAGAGUAGUGCAGGCCUCAAACGUGGGACAUCUGGGAGAGAGUUUAAAGUGGGUUAGAAAAUGAAGCAGCUCGAAAAAGGGCUCUUAAGAGAAAAUUGUGUAGGAAAGGAAAGUAACUAAUUUACAUGGUUAUAAUAAUGGUGGCAUUGAGUAAUGACCUGACUAAAAUUAUGCUAUAAUUACAUUGGCAGGGUACUAUAGGGAGGGGAGUGUGUUAGGGCCUGAUACUUGCCUUAAAUCUUAUAGAUGGCAACGUAGGUAUCUUUUAUCUAAUUUAGGAGAGUAGUUUAUUUUGGGAAAAGCUAUGUAGGUUAAAUCCUUUAUAUAUGUUUUUAAACAUUUACAUAGCUACUUCUAAGUUACACAAGGCACAUAUGCAAUGUUCAUUUUAUGGAAUUGAACAUCAGCAACUGAACUCGAACAGAACAGUACAGACAAAGGAAUCACACGAGUGAUGUAAAUGGUGUUUUGGGUUUUAAGUAAUGGAAAAUCCAAUGCAAAUUGGUUAAAAGUAAGAAAAGUUUUACUUUUUACUGACUUAUCAAGAACCUCGAUGUUUGAGCCUUUUGGUUGAGUGACUCAGCAAAUAUCCAGGCUCUGUGAAUCUAGGGCAGUGUGAACUUCUUGAUCACAUCCCAAAGGCUGUGGAUGGCACUGGAGCAGAAUGCUCCCGAGUUAGUGGGGAAGGAGAGAGAAUUCCUUUGCAGAGAGAAAAAGGCUUCUGCAGUGGUCUCAGAAGCCAGAGUUAAGUCUGUAUCCGUGAGGGAGGCAGUCAUGAUGCUGGUGGGGAUGCGAUUGUUCAGGUGUCUGAGCUGUGUGAAGGAAGAGUAAGAUGUUUUAACAAAUUUAGAAUAUGGUGAGAUGGUGAGACGGUUUAUUCAUUAAAAUGCUUGCUAUGCAAAUAAGAGGACUUGAGUCUGGAUACCCAGCAGCCAUUUAAGAGCCAGGCAUGUGUGUAUUUGCACACUCUAGAACUCAGGAAUAAAAGAAUGGGGUGGGGUGGGGUCAGGCCGUGCUGGUUAGGGUUUUUUGUUUGUUUGUUUGUUUGUUGUUUUGUUUUGUUUUUGUUUUUUUGUCAGCCUGCCACAGUUGGGUUCAUUUGGGAAGAGGGAACCUCAAUUGAAAACAGUGCCUCUACCAGACUGUGCUGCAGGCAAGUCUGUGGGGCGUUUUCUUGAUUAAUGAUUGAUAUGGGGAGGCCUAGCCCACCUAGCCUAGCAGUGCUGCCUCCCAGGUGGUCCUGGGAGAUAUAAGAACACUAACCAUUUUGAGUCUGGAAAGCCAGCCAGUAAGGCAUCCCUCUGUGGCCUCUGCUUCAGUUCCUGUUUCACCUUCCUGCAGUAAUGGACUGUGAGCAGGACUGUCAGCUGUAAGCUAAACCAUUUACUUCUAAAGUGAAGCAAAUGCGAUUACAUAGAGAAGACUUUGAAAUAUUAAAGGUGAUUGGUCGAGGAGCUUUUGGGGAGGUUGCUGUAGUUAAACUAAAAAAUGCAGAUAAAGUAUUCGCCAUGAAAAUUCUGAACAAGUGGGAAAUGCUGAAAAGAGCUGAGACAGCGUGCUUUCGUGAAGAGAGGGAUGUGUUGGUAAAUGGAGACAGUAAGUGGAUAACCACUCUGCACUAUGCUUUCCAGGAUGACAAUAACUUAUACCUGGUUAUGGAUUAUUAUGUUGGUGGGGAUUUACUUACUCUGCUCAGCAAAUUUGAAGAUAGAUUGCCUGAAGAGAUGGCUCGGUUUUACUUGGCUGAGAUGGUGAUAGCCAUUGACUCAGUUCACCAGCUCCACUAUGUUCACAGAGACAUCAAACCUGACAAUAUAUUGAUGGAUAUGAAUGGACAUAUUCGUUUAGCAGAUUUUGGUUCUUGUCUGAAGCUGAUGGAAGAUGGAACGGUCCAGUCCUCGGUGGCAGUUGGAACUCCAGAUUAUAUUUCUCCGGAAAUCCUUCAGGCUAUGGAAGACGGAAAAGGCAGAUAUGGACCAGAGUGUGACUGGUGGUCCUUGGGGGUCUGUAUGUAUGAGAUGCUUUACGGAGAAACACCAUUCUAUGCAGAGUCUCUGGUGGAGACAUAUGGAAAAAUUAUGAAUCACAAAGAGCGGUUUCAGUUUCCAGCCCAAGUGACAGACGUGUCCGAAAAUGCUAAAGAUCUUAUUCGAAGACUCAUUUGUAGUAGAGAACAUCGACUUGGCCAAAAUGGAAUAGAAGACUUUAAGAAGCAUCCAUUCUUCAGUGGAAUUGAUUGGGAUAACAUUCGGAAUUGUGAAGCACCUUACAUCCCAGAAGUUAGUAGCCCGACAGAUACGUCAAAUUUUGAUGUGGAUGACGACUGUUUAAAAAAUUCUGAAACAAUGCCCCCACCAACACAUACUGCAUUUUCUGGCCAUCAUCUACCAUUUGUUGGUUUUACAUAUACUAGUAGCUGUGUUCUUUCUGAUCGGAGCUGUUUAAGAGUCACAGCAGGCCCCACCUCAUUGGACCUUGAUGUCAGUGUCCAGAGGACUCUAGACAAUAACUUAGCAACUGAGGCUUAUGAAAGGAGAAUUAAGCGGCUUGAGCAGGAAAAGCUUGAACUGACUAGAAAACUUCAAGAGUCAACACAGACUGUUCAAGCUCUGCAAUAUUCAACUGUUGAUGGUCCACUAACGGCAAGCAAAGAUUUAGAAAUUAAAAGUCUGAAAGAAGAGAUUGAAAAACUAAGGAAACAAGUAGCAGAAGUGAAUCAUUUGGAACAACAACUUGAAGAAGCUAAUUCUGUGAGACGAGAACUAGAUGAUGCUUUCAGGCAAAUCAAAGCUUCUGAAAAACAAAUCAAAACUUUGCAGCAGGAAAGAGAAGAACUAAAUAAGGAACUAGUCCAGGCUAGUGAGCGAUUAAAAAACCAAUCCAAAGAGCUGAAAGAUGCACACUGUCAGAGGAAACUGGCCAUGCAGGAAUUCAUGGAGAUCAAUGAGCGACUAACAGAAUUGCACACCCAAAAGCAGAAACUUGCUCGCCAUGUCCGAGAUAAGGAAGAAGAGGUGGACCUGGUGAUGCAAAAAGCUGAGAGCUUAAGGCAGGAGCUGCGCAGAGCAGAAAGAGCCAAGAAAGAGCUGGAAGUUCACACCGAAGCUCUAAUUGCUGAAGCAUCAAAGGACAAGAAGCUCCGAGAGCAGAGCGAACAUUAUUCUAAGCAACUGGAAAACGAGUUGGAGGGCCUGAAGCAAAAACAAAUUAGUUACUCACCAGGAAUAUGCAGCAUAGAACAUCAGCAAGAGAUAACUAAACUGAAAACUGACUUGGAAAAGAAAAGUAUCUUUUAUGAAGAAGAAAUUUCUAAAAGAGAAGGAAUUCACGCAAGUGAGAUUAAAAACCUGAAGAAGGAGCUGCAUGACUCAGAAGGCCAGCAGCUUGCUCUCAACAAAGAGAUUCUGGUUUUAAAAGACAAAUUGGAAAAAACCAGGAGAGAAAGUCAAAGUGAAAGGGAAGAAUUUGAAAAUGAGUUCAAACAACAAUAUGAACGGGAAAAAGUAUUAUUAACUGAAGAGAAUAAAAAGUUAACGAGUGAACUCGAUAAGCUGACUUCACUGUAUGAGAGCUUAAGUUUGCGCAACCAGCACUUAGAAGAAGAAGUCAAAGAUCUAGCAGAUAAGAAGGAAUCAGUUGCCCACUGGGAAGCCCAAAUCACAGAGAUAAUUCAGUGGGUGAGCGAUGAGAAGGAUGCACGAGGCUAUCUUCAGGCCUUAGCUUCUAAAAUGACUGAAGAGUUGGAAGCAUUAAGAAAUUCCAGCUUGGGGACACGAGCAACAGAUAUGCCCUGGAAAAUGCGUCGUUUUGCAAAACUGGACAUGUCGGCUAGACUAGAGUUGCAGUCUGCUCUGGAUGCAGAAAUAAGAGCUAAGCAGGCCAUCCAGGAAGAGCUGAAUAAAGUCAAAGCAUCUAACAUCUUAACAGAAUGUAAACUGAAAGAUUCAGAGAAGAAGAACUUGGAACUGUUGUCCGAAAUCGAGCAGCUGAUAAAGGACACUGAAGAGCUUAGAUCUGAAAAGGGUAUAGAGCACCAAGACUCACAGCAUUCUUUCUUGGCAUUUUUGAAUACGCCUACCGAUGCUCUGGACCAAUUUGAAGAUUCCCUUUCUUCUUCCUCAUCCUCACUGAUUGAUUUUUUGGAUGACCGCUCUCCGUCCUGUACUCCAGCUAGCAAAGGCAGACGUAUUGCAGACUGUGCUCCACUUCCAGCUCACACACCAACCUUAAGGAAAAAGGGAUGCCCGGCUUCAACUGGCUUUCCACCUAAGCGCAAGACUCAUCAAUUUUUCGUGAAGUCUUUCACUGCCCCUACCAAGUGUCACCAGUGCACCUCCUUGAUGGUCGGUUUGAUAAGACAGGGCUGUUCCUGUGAAGUCUGUGGGUUCUCAUGUCAUAUAACUUGUGUGAACAAAGCCCCGACGGUUUGCCCAGUUCCUCCUGAGCAAACUAAAGGUCCACUGGGCAUAGACCCCCAGAAGGGAGUUGGGACGGCGUAUGAGGGUCAUGUCAGGAUCCCUAAGCCGGCGGGAGUGAAGAAAGGGUGGCAGAGAGCACUGGCUGUGGUCUGCGACUUCAAACUGUUUCUUUAUGAUAUCGCAGAGGGAAAAGCAUCGCAGCCCACCUCCGUCAUUAGUCAAGUGAUUGACAUGAGAGAUGAAGAAUUUUCUGUGAGUUCAGUCUUAGCUUCUGAUGUUAUUCACGCAAGUCGAAAAGAUAUCCCCUGUAUAUUCAGGGUCACAGCUUCCCAGCUCUCAGCACCUAGUAACAAAUGUUCCAUCCUGAUGCUAGCAGACAGCGAGAAUGAGAGGAGUAAGUGGGUGGGAGUGCUGAGUGAACUCCACAAGAUUCUGAAGAAAAACAAGUUCAGAGACCGCUCAGUGUAUGUCCCCAAGGAGGCGUACGACAGCACGCUACCCCUCAUUAAGACAACGCAGGCCGCUGCAAUCAUAGAUCAUGAACGGAUAGCUUUGGGAAAUGAAGAAGGAUUAUUUGUUGUGCAUGUCACCAAAGAUGAGAUUGUUAGAGUUGGUGAUAAUAAGAAAAUCCAUCAGAUCGAACUCAUUCCAAGUGACCAGCUUGUCGCUGUGAUCUCAGGCCGAAAUCGCCACGUCCGACUUUUUCCUAUGUCAGCCUUGGAUGGGCGAGAGACGGAUUUUUAUAAACUGGCAGAGACUAAAGGGUGUCAGACCAUAGCUGCUGGGAAAGUGCGCCACGGAGCUCUGUCCUGCCUGUGUGUGGCCAUGAAGAGACAGGUCCUCUGCUAUGAACUGUUCCAAAGCAAGACCAGGCACAGGAAGUUUAAGGAGAUUCAAGUCCCAUGUAAUGUCCAGUGGAUGGCCAUCUUCAGUGAGCAUCUCUGUGUGGGAUUCCAGUCAGGAUUUCUCAGAUACCCCCUGAAUGGAGAAGGAGGUCCAUGCAAUAUGCUCCAUUCAAAUGACCAUACACUGUCAUUCAUUUCACACCAACCAAUGGACGCUCUCUGUGCAGUUGAGAUCUCCAACAAAGAGUACUUGCUGUGUUUUAACAGCAUUGGGAUAUACACAGACUGCCAGGGCCGAAGAUCCAGACAGCAGGAACUGAUGUGGCCAGCAAAUCCUUCCUCCUGUUGUUACAAUGCUCCAUAUCUCUCCGUGUAUAGUGAAAACGCAGUUGAUAUCUUUGAUGUAAACUCCAUGGAAUGGAUACAGACUCUUCCUCUCAAAAAGGUCCGACCUUUAAACACUGAAGGAUCAUUAAAUCUCUUAGGAUUGGAGACCAUUAGAUUAAUAUAUUUCAAAAAUAAGAUGGCAGAAGGGGAUGAACUUGUGGUUCCUGAAACAUCAGAUAAUAGUCGGAAACAAAUGGUUAGAAAUAUCAACAACAAACGGCGUUACUCCUUCCGAGUCCCUGAAGAAGAGAGGAUGCAACAGAGGAGGGAGAUGCUACGAGAUCCAGAAAUGAGAAAUAAAUUAAUUUCUAACCCAACUAAUUUUAACCACAUAGCACACAUGGGUCCUGGAGAUGGAAUACAGAUCCUAAAAGACCUGCCCAUGCCAGGUUUCCCUUAUUCACCCCCUCAUCACCACUCCGGCCUGAUCUCCUCUCCGAGCAACUUUGAGCACAUCUAUCACAUGACUGUCACUUCUGCUGAACAGUUUCUCUCUCCUGAGUCCAUAAGCCCUGGGUCCCCCCCGUCCCUGCGCUCUGCCCCUGGCACACCACACUCUGUGACUCUGAGGAACCCACGGCCUCAGGAAAGCCGGACAGUAUUCAGUGGCUCCGUCAGUAUUCCCUCCAUCACCAAGUCCCGCCCUGAGCCAGGCCGCUCCAUGAGUGCCAGCAGCGGCCUGUCUGCACGGUCGUCAGCCCAGAAUGGCAGUGCACUAAAGAGGGAAUUCUCUGGAGGAAGCUAUAACACAAAGCGACAGCCCAUGCCCUCUCCCUCGGAGGGCUCUUUGUCAUCAGGAGGCAUGGACCAAGGAAGUGACGCCCCUGCGAGGGACUAUGAUGGAGAGGACUCUGAUUCUCCAAGGCAUUCCACAGCUUCCAACAGCUCUAACCUGAGCAGCCCCCCAAGUCCCAUUUCACCCCAAAAGACCAAGAGCCUCUCCCUGGAGAGCACAGACCGCGGGAGCUGGGAUCCAUGAGCCCAGGACCGGUGACUGCAGGCAGGGACUCUGCACUCCCACUCCGACAACGUGCCUGGCAGCAGCCUUGCCUUCCGCACUGCUGCAAUGGGGAUUCCUCCGCAGCCAGGCCCGCUUCACCCUCCCCUCAACCCCCAGGUAGCUUCUGUAGACAGACUGCGCAGACGCAGCGCUAAGAGUAGACCGGUUGUGUUCUCACCGUAGCCCUCACGUAGCGCCCAGCAGCCUCCAUGAGCGUCAGCCAACUGUUGCCAGGAAGUAAACCCUCACGAAUUAAAACAAUGCAUAUUUUACUACAAUACAGAGUUUAAAUAAAUACAUAGAUGUAGAAGUUAAAUACUGAAUGUAAAUAGUCAAAGAAGCAUCUUGUGUUUGAUGAAAGAUGGAUGCGUAUAUAAGAAAGAUCAUUUAAUUUAAAGAAAUGUGUUGUUUCUUGUCUGUUUCCCAGCUAUGUCAUAUACAGGGUAGAAAGGCCUCAAGUGACACUGUAAAGAGAUCAGAAGUCAGGUCCCCAUGGUGUCUCUUCUCAAGCCUAGGCAGGCUGAGGUCACAGGGAAAUCUAAGGAAUGUUUGGAGAUUAGUGCCAUUGGUGGGAUGUGACCUGAACACCACCGGGGGUGGUGAAGCCACUCCAGAGGCUCACUUGCUCUGAGGCAUCUUGCCUCUGGUUCUCAGACCAUGUCCCCCACUUACAAUAUUUUGGUAUCUCGCACAGAUGAAUGUGAAACAAUUCUGCCACCUUCCAGCCCUUCCCAUCCUAACGGGGAAUUCGUGGCUUCUGAAGAUUAUGGGAUGGUCACGCAGCUACUUUUCUGUCCCUGCCAAACCUUGCCCCCUCUAGGUUGCAAUGAGGAGUCUCUGGAUUAAGCACAACUUCCCUGUUGGUUAAGGGUAGUUUUAAACACACUGCUGGGGACAGGUCUCCUUACUAAAUCACAGAAAACCUCAGAAGCAUAGGCUUGAAUGGCCUUGACCAAAUAUGCCUUCCCACGUGAGGGGACGGUGGGGCUUGUGGUGUGCUGGCCACCGUGGACUGUGAGCCAGCUUCCCCUCUGGAUAUCUACUGCUGCACUUGUCCCAGGAAGCAUGAGGAGACCACAGAGUCCUCUACUCAGACGUCCUCCAGCUACGCACACAGGAGGGGACAGGUGGAAACUAGUGCUCAUGACGUAAAGAGGCCCUGCCUCUCUUAAUCCUCUCCUCUUCCGGGAUGGAAAAGCCACCAUUUCUCCCCACUUUAAGCCACAUCUGAAAUAGAUCUCCAAGCUGACCUUUACACAGCUGCCAGGCCCUGCAGGUCAGACUCCCCAGGCAUGCAGCUUUAUGGGGGUGUUAAGAGAGUUGAGGGUGGGCUGGGGUCUUUGUAAGCAGCAGCUUUGACAGACACUCUGGAGUCUGGAGUGAGCAAGGGUUUUUUGGGGUGGGCACUGUGUCACUCUAUAUUUAUCCUUUUGGAAACAGAUCAUAUAAAAAUAACUUGUGUACACCCAAAAACAAGGGUCAGAUCUUUAGUUUGGCCAGAUCCCUAUACAUCUGCUUCAACUUGACACUUUGCUUGAAAGAGCUGCCUCCCCUUCCCUCCGUCCUUUCCCUCUUCUUUCUCCUUCCCCCAGCAGAAACCUGACCAGGCUGAGACACGCUGAACUCUACCCUGAGCCUUUGGUUUGUAGCUUUGACAACCAAUUGUGAAGUUGCCUACAGGUGCUUGUUUUUAAAAGAACCCUUUUAGAAUCAGUCUAAACCUCUACAUCCCCUAAAGUCCGGCUCCACACAGUGACUUCCACCCCAGCUCUGCCCCAAGGAGCCCUGUGGAUUUGGUGGAUUUCCCACUGCUGUCAAAGAACUAGCCAUCCCAACAGCAGCCCUGCUGGCCCAGAGUAGAGGGUGGGGUUCCAAAAAUGACUCUCUUACCAGAUUCAUCCAGCCUUCUGUGAAGAGUAUUCCUGUCAGAAACUGGGAAAGGAUGGAGAAAGAUGACUAGUCGGUUUCCAGGAGACAGAAACAAAGAUUCCUCAGAGCAGUCAAUAACAAAGAUUAGAGACAAGGCCUUAGGUUUAAGCCUUUCUUGAGAUCGCUCCCCCUACCCCAUGGAAGGUAUUUGAAAGUGUGUGGCACCGGGAAUUUAUCCAGAAAUGGAAAAAAAAAUACAUUAAGAGACAUUUCUGAUAUAGUGUCUAUGGGUUAGUACUUGGUGCUAUGUCCAGCCUGUAUGCUAUUUACCCUUUGAAUUCUGGCUAAUCUGUUAUGUGAGUUUUGGGUGGGUAUACAAAAUAUAUUACAGGGUUUCGUUUUGGUUUUGCCAAAAACAAACGCCUUCCUAUCAGAGAUUGUUAAGCAGAUCAUAUAUAUAUAUAUAUAUGAUUUUUUAAAUUUGUGUACAUACUCCCUGUGCUUAGCCAUUUGUGUUCUUUCCCAGUGAGCAGCUUUAAGACAGGGGAAUAACUGCAAAUGGCCUGUUAGGCUUUCCACUGAAUUCCUAUAGCUAGGCUUAGAGAAAGCAUCUGGAAUUCCCGUCAUUCCCACCAGCCCUUCUUCAGCUACUCCUCUUUCAUGUUAAAAUCCUGUCAUUUUGUUAAUUUAGUGGCCGCGUUUAUUUCCAGGCAAGUUCAGCUGCCUUGUGUGGGUCCUUGGGUGUCAUUAAAGAGAAGCCAGAGCAGAGGGGCAGCCUCCGUUCCCAGGGCAGCCACCACAAAUUUAAUUCUCCCAGCUCAGCACAUCUAGCUGCCGCCCACCCAGCCCACCCCCAAUACAGGUGCACUUAAAAUGGCUGACACCCUGCUGUAGGUCCUACUCUGCCAUAGCCCAAGGCCACUGUCCCCUUCCAGUUCCACCUGGCCCCACUGCACAGCAUUUCCCUGUACCCUUGGAGUGGCUCCUACCUUGUUGGAACCUUCAGUCUUCACAAACCCAGUUCCUUGCAGAGCCCUGCUACAGUGAGUGUGUCUCCUGCUAGCGCCAGCACCACACUCUCCUGUCCCAGGGACAGCAUCACACAGAGCCCUACUUCAGUUUUAGGAGACUGACUGUCAUCAGUCAGCCUUGAUGCCAUUGAAAACAAAAUGACCUUAUUUGAUAGAAUAACAGCAUUUAUUUUAUAAAUUUUUAGGAUUUUUUUCUCAUUGUAAUAUUAUUGUACAGUUUUGCAUGGCCUCAGUGUAAUCAUUUUUGUUCAGAAAAUUAUGACCUGUGUGUGUGUGUGUGGAAGGGAAGAUACUGCUUUGGCCUCUUAGCACUCAUUUGGUUUGGUUUUGUCCCUAGAUGUCCUAGGGAAUUUCCUGACAGUAUCUGCUACCAAACUAUAACAUGGAUUCUUUUGCACAGAACUAUUUAAGGUGGGGUGGUCAAAAAUGUAACAAAGGAUUUCUCACCAAUAUUUUAUGUUGGUAUCACCUAAUUAACCAGACUUUGAUGUUCUGCAAUAAAAUAAGGAACUGUCAGCA